AUGUCGACGAGGAAGAAUCUCUACUAUUUGUGGUGUGUUGGUUCGUCCGCUAAAGAUGUGGUCAAGAGGGCUGCUGCCAUCACGUCAGGCGGUUUGGAGACGUGGGUUAACACCUCCCCCGUGGUCAAUUCCGUGCUGUCACGGUACCAGUGGUAUUCUGAUCCACAGUGGGACAAGGCGGUGGAGUUGUCGCGGAAGGCGCAGGUGGCGGCCCCACCGAAAACUGGCGGAACGCCACAGACAAAGGCAGGCCAAGUGAGACACUACUCAACUACAGCUAGGCCUUUCGUGAGGGGUGGGAAGCCUGAAGAUGCUGCUACGCAGGGAGAGGGGGAAGAAAAAGAAGCCGAUGGAUCCAGGCAAAUGCAAAGCUCGAGUGUCCCCGCGUCUAGACUGUCGAGACUGUUCCAUUACGGUAGCCUGGCGGCAGGCGUUGGUAUGAAUGUCGCAGCCCAUGGUAUCAGCGAGAUGGCGAAGGGCAAUUCCCCAACGAUGAAAUCUUUGAUUCUGUCAGACUCGAACAUCGAAAGAAUCACGAGGAAGUUUGCACAGAUGAGAGGUGCAGCUUUGAAAAUUGGUCAGCUCAUGUCCUUCCAGGACGAAAAAGUAUUACCCAGGGAGCUCUACGUGAUUCUGUCAAAGGUUCAAAAUAGCGCCAAUUUCAUGCCUCAGAGACAAUUGCUGAGAGUAUUGAAAAGGGAACUCGGUGAAGACUGGAGAGACAAGUUCCAAACAUUUGAUGAGGUCCCCAUUGCCGCGGCAAGUAUAGGGCAGGUUCACUCAGCUGUAUUGGCAGACGGUACCAAAGUGGUUGUGAAGAUUCAAUACCCAGGUGUCAAGGACUCGAUUGACUCAGACUUGAAUAACCUUCUUCUGCUGCUUACCGCGUCGAGCCUACUGCCCAGGGGGCUGUUCCUAGAUAAGACAAUAGCAAAUGCCAGGAAGGAGCUUAGAUGGGAGUGCGAUUAUCUAAGAGAGGCGAAAGCGUUACAGAAAUUUGAAAAGUUGUUAAAGGACGAUCCCGUGUUCACAGUACCACACGUUUUUGAAGAUUACACCACACCCAAUGUGCUUACAAUGUCCAUGAUGGAAGGUGAUGAAAUCAUGAAAUUGCCGACACAUGUCGAGACCCAGGAGGUAAAGAACUUCAUCGCGGAACACAUCAUGAGACUGUGUCUUGAGGAGAUCGCGACUUUUGAAUACAUGCAGACCGAUCCAAACUGGGCUAACUUCUUGUACAAUAGCAAAACUCACAAAAUAGAACUGCUAGAUUUCGGUGCAUCAAGACCCUUCCCGCAUGACUUCAUACAGAAGUAUAGAAAGCUACUCACGUACGCAACUGCAGGUAAUAGACCAGGCGCGCAAGAGAUGUCCAAGCAAUUGGGAUACCUAACGGGACUCGAAUCACAGGCAAUGAUUGACGCACAUGUUGACAGUGUCAUGACUCUGGGUGAACCGUUUGCGGGGGACCUCGAAACCUCUUUUGAUUUUAAGGACCAAACGGUUUCCGACAGAAUCAGGGGAAACAUCGGCUUGAUGCUGAACGAAAGGUUAUGCCCACCACCGGAGGAGACAUACUCUUUGCACAGGAAAUUCAGUGGGAUUUUCCUACUUUGUGCAAAGUUAAGGGCGUCCGUUCCCUGUUCGAAAUUGUUCCACGAUAUAUUCGCCGUUAAAGAUACCUGA